CGCCGCUUGGACUUUAUAAAUAGAGCCAUCGGUCGCAGAGAACAAGACAUCAAACAAAGCAAUACCAAGAAUAUUACUUUGCGAUUAAAUAAGAAAAAUGUGUGGAAUUCUUGCCGUUUUAGGAUGCUCCGACGAUUCUCAGGCCAAGAGAGUUCGCGUUCUUGAGCUUUCUCGCAGAUUGAGGCACAGAGGACCUGACUGGAGCGGAAUAUAUCAGAACGGGUUCAAUUACUUGGCCCAUCAACGUCUUGCAAUCAUCGAUCCUGCUUCCGGUGAUCAACCUCUCUUUAACGAGGACAAGUCCAUUGUUGUCACGGUGAACGGAGAGAUUUAUAACCAUGAGGAGCUGAGAAAGGGUUUGAAGAAUCACAAGUUCCACACCGGUAGUGAUUGUGACGUCAUUGCUCACCUGUACGAGGAGCAUGGUGAGAAUUUUGUGGACAUGUUGGAUGGAAUCUUCUCCUUUGUGUUGCUGGACACAAGAGAUAACUCAUUCAUGGUGGCUCGUGACGCGGUUGGUGUCACUUCGCUCUACAUUGGUUGGGGAUUAGAUGGAUCUCUGUGGGUCUCUUCCGAGAUGAAAGGCUUACACGAAGAUUGUGAGCAUUUCGAAGCCUUUCCUCCAGGUCAUUUGUAUUCAAGCAAAUCAGGAGGAGGGUUUAAGCAAUGGUACAAUCCUCCUUGGUUCAAUGAAUCUGUUCCUUCUACGCCUUAUGAGCCUCUCGCAAUUAGAAGCGCCUUUGAAGACGCUGUGAUAAAGCGGUUGAUGACUGAUGUUCCAUUUGGAGUUUUGCUAUCUGGUGGUCUUGAUUCUUCUCUUGUUGCAUCCAUCACUGCCCGUCACUUGGCCGGUACUAAGGCCGCUAAGCGAUGGGGUCCUCAGCUCCAUUCCUUUUGUGUCGGUCUUGAGGGCUCGCCGGACUUGAAGGCGGGGAAAGAAGUGGCGGAGUAUUUGGGGACGGUGCACCAUGAGUUCCAUUUCACGGUGCAAGACGGGAUUGAUGCGAUUGAGGAUGUGAUCUACCAUGUCGAGACAUAUGAUGUGACGACAAUUAGAGCUAGCACACCCAUGUUCUUGAUGUCCAGGAAAAUCAAGUCUCUAGGUGUUAAGAUGGUUCUUUCCGGUGAAGGUUCUGAUGAGAUCUUUGGAGGGUAUCUUUACUUCCACAAGGCACCUAACAAGCAAGAGUUUCACCAAGAAACUUGUCGCAAGAUCAAGGCUCUUCACAAAUACGAUUGUUUAAGAGCCAACAAAGCUACCUCUGCUUUUGGUCUAGAGGCGCGUGUUCCUUUUCUGGACAAGGAGUUUAUCAACACCGCUAUGUCUCUCGACCCUGAAUCCAAGAUGAUCAAACCAGAGGAAGGGAGGAUCGAGAAGUGGGUUCUAAGGAGAGCCUUUGAUGAUGAAGAACGUCCUUAUUUGCCAAAACACAUUCUCUACAGACAGAAAGAGCAGUUUAGUGAUGGUGUUGGCUACAGCUGGAUCGAUGGCCUAAAAGCCCACGCUGCUGAAAAUGUUAAUGACAAGAUGAUGUCGAACGCUGCUUUUAUCUUCCCUCACAACACCCCACUCACCAAAGAAGCUUACUAUUACAGAAUGAUCUUUGAGAGGUUCUUCCCACAGAACUCGGCAAGGCUAACUGUUCCCGGAGGUGCGACCGUGGCUUGCUCGACCGCAAAAGCGGUGGAGUGGGAUGCAAGCUGGUCCAACAAUAUGGAUCCAUCUGGAAGAGCUGCGAUUGGAGUUCACCUCUCGGCCUACGACGGCAGCAAAAUGGCAUUGCCCUUGCCGCCACAUAAGGCAAUCGACGACAUCCCAAUGAUGAUGGGACAAGAAGUUGUGAUUCAGACAUGAGUUUGAAGGAUAUAUAGGGGAGUUCUUUAAAGUUGUCCUAAUCGGUUUAAGUUGUAUGGUUUCAAAAUAAAAUUGGUUUCCUGUUCUUAGGGAAAUAUGAAUGUAUAAAUUAAUUUUCUUGUACUAUUAGUAAAGAUUCGAAUGUACUGUUUCUACAAAAUCGAUGUACAUCAAUCUUAUUAUAAUUAUAUGUAUUGUAAUAUGAUAUGAAUAAUGUGACUGUGCUUGUUUUCACAAAAA